CCACCAGAGCAUGAGGAGCAAGAGGACCAUCCACCAGAACAUGAGGAGCGGGAUGUCCAUCCACCAGAACAUGAGGAGCGAGAGGACCAUCCACCAGAACAUGAGGAGCGAGAGGACCAUCCACCAGAAUAUGAGGAAAAAGAGGCUCAUCGACCAGAACAUGAGGAGCAAGAGGACCAUCCACCCGAACAUGAGGAGCGAGACGGCCAUCUACCAGAACAUGAGGAGCGAGAGGAGCAUCCACCAGAACAUGAGGAGCAAGAGGCCCAUCCACUAGAACAUGAGGAGCGAGACGUCCAUCUACCAGAACAUGAG